UUCACCAAUAGCUUGUACAUCCUAACCGCAGCAUGACGGGCCUGACUCUCAUCUUCGUGGCGCUUGCCAUCGUCUCCGUUGCCAAUGGCAAACCUCCUCAGCGAAUCGUCGGUGGAACUCUAGCUUCGAGAGGUGAAAUCCCAUACAUCGUCUCCCUCAACAGGAAUGGCCAUCACUUCUGCGGAGGCAGUAUAAUAAGUGAUAGACACAUCCUGACAGCUGCCCACUGUGUCCACGACUUCACUUCAUCCACCCAACGCUCGGUGACCAUCAGAGCCGGUUCCCUGACAUCAAGAUCUGGUGGACAAACUUACACAGUUGAUAAGAUCCAAGUCCACCCCGAGUACGUUGAUCACUUAGGAUCGCCACCAAACGACAUCGCCAUCAUCAAGGUGAAGGAGACCAUCAAAUUCGACCAAAACACCAAGAAAAUAGACCUGGUGACCUCAGAACCAAAAGCUGACGCUUCUGUGGUGGUUUCCGGAUGGGGAUUGCGCAGCGCCCGAUCUAGACAAACUCCCGCGGAUCUGUACACGGUGACGGUAAAGGUUGUUUCACCAACCACCUGCCGAAGGAGUUAUCCAAGGUCAAUGAAGGACACCCACGUUUGUGCAUACGGAUCAGUUGGACACGGUGUUUGCAUGGGAGACAGCGGUGGCCCUCUAGCUCUUAAUGGUAGACUCGCCGGUCUCGUGUCAUUCGGCCUUCCCUGCGCCGUUGGACAUCCUGAUGUCUACACCAGCGUCUAUCACUACAGGACCUGGAUCAGGAACACCAUGGUUGUGGCCGUGGCCAAGCUCUGCUUGUUUGCCAUAAUAUCGCAAACUGCGAUUGCAGCUGCAGUGGGAGAUAUUGAGACGAGGCAGAAGAUCGUUGGCGGCGUCGACGCAGAUGACGGCGAAUAUCCAUUCUUGGUUGCCAUACACAGUGGGGAUGGCUUCUGCAGUGGCAGCAUCAUCUCCAGGAAUUAUGUCCUUACUGCGGCCCACUGCGUCAACAGCCUCAAUGUUUCCGAUAUUCCCGAUAUUUCCGUGCGGACCGGAAACGUAAGAUCAAGGACAUACGGUGGGAAAAUUUAUAGGGUCGAUGCUAUAGCUAUACAUAAGGGGUUUGAAAAUCACGGAAAUUUUCCACAUGACAUCGCGAUUAUGAAGCUGAAGAAGUUGAUCAAAUUCAACCGAUACACUGAGCCCAUUUCAUUAUCGGAAUCAGUACCUCGUGCGUCCAACAAGAUAACUGUUAUCGGUUGGGGGCGAAUAGCUCCGUCCAAUAGCACUUCCCCGGUGAAACCCCAGGUGAUAGAUGAGAUAGUGCUUUCGCGAAAAAAGUGCGCCAAAAUUCAUGGUCCCGAUCCUAUCACCAAAAGUCACAUCUGCGUGAGGGGAAGCAAACGACUGGGAAUCUGCAAUGGUGACAGUGGUGGGCCAGCUCUUUUCAACAACGCACUCGUCGGCAUCACGUCAUUCAGCGGCCCCUCCUGUGCACGUGGCGAGCCCGAUGUCUUCACCAGCAUCCCGUAUCAUCUUGCGUGGAUAGACCAGACCAUCGCCAAGAUGGAAACAUUAUCCUCGCAACACUUCACCUCAUAUUCAUUUAGUGAUUAUGUGAUUUACAAAUUACCUUCCCAACAUUCCCUCAUAAUUGUGACUGUCGACGUUCGGAAAAUUGUGAAAACAAAUGACCCUAGGAGACAUAUUGAGUCGAAUUGGGCUAAUUUAAUGCAUGUCACAUUUUCCCUGACCAUGCACGCAUCUGAGCUGUUCACGCGGAUCAAAAAAUCAUCUUUAGUUGCGCUGUUUUAUCUCGCUACGGUGCCCAUUAGUGAUUAUUCAGUGGACGUUUAUGUUACCAUAGUUAUGAUGUUAGGAAAUUUUGAAAAACCCGAGCAAUUGUCAUCGCAAUACGCAAUUUCUGAUCAUCAAAUUCGAAUCGAUGAAUUUUGGAGCUAUGGCUCGGAGCAUGAGAAAAUAAUCGGCGGUGUUGGAGCAGAAGAGGGUGAUUUUCCGUUUUUGGUCUCUCUGAGUCGUUACGGCAAACAUUUCUGCGGUGGCAGCAUCAUAACGGAGGUGCAUAUUCUUACUGCCGCCCAUUGUAUUGCCAGAGUGAGGCGUUCACAGCUUCGACAUGUGCAAGUGCGAACAGGAAGUUUGAACUGGGGGAAGCGGGGGACACUGCACCAUGUAGACAGUGUGAGGCUUUUCCCGGGGUAUGGACGACGUGGGGGUUUUCGGCAUGACAUUGCAAUCAUAAAGUUGAAGUCACCGAUGAGAUUUGAUCGAUACACGACGAGAAUUCAAUUAUCGAAAUCAACUCCACCUGCGUGGUCACAGGUGACUGUGGCAGGGUGGGGGAAGUAUGGACCGUCCGGUCGUAGCAUACCCCAGACCCAACAGACAGCGGAUUUUGUCGCCAUCCCCCGGGCUAAAUGUCGCAGAUCGUACGGAUGGAAAAUCGAUGAGAAUCACAUCUGUAUAAAGGCGAAUCAGGGGGUGGGAGUUUGUUUCGGAGAUAGCGGAGGUCCUCUUAUCUCCCACGACCGACUCGUCGGCGUCGCUUCCUUCAUCGGAGGAAAGUGCGGCUACAGCGGUCGACCCGAUGUGUUUGCGAGUGUUCCCCAUCACUUCGAGUGGAUCAACAAAGUCAUCAAUGAAUGAGAGCUGUGAUAGGGUCUAUUUGAUUAUUUCAUCAUCCCUUUGUUAACUUUGUUAUUUAUUUUUUGUUGCUAGGGAUAGGGCAUCAGCGCCGCCCGUUUUUUCGCUGUCCCAAUAGAUUAUUGAUCCUCGAUUUAUUGUCUAGUCUACAACUCUCGUUCGAUGUUUUUCAGGAAAAAGUGGAGCUUUUUUUGCGAAGUAUUUUCGUAAUUCAAUAAUCGGUACAUUUUAUGUCCAGUAAAAUGUUGUCAUUUCGUUGACUUUUCUGGUGACUUUUGAGUGCUGAAAACUUUUUCGUGUUCAAUUACUCUAAUACGUAGUCGUUGGCUCCACGGUGUCCCAGAUUGUUGUACAAAUAUUAUUGAAUAAUGUAAUUGCGAAAAAAAUUGGGAGUCAGUAUUGUAUUGCAACACGAAACAGUUUUGUAACACAAAACGUGGCAAGUGUGCCGCACGGUUCACAAUAAAAUCGACAUCACACUGGACUCGAACAGGUCAUAAUCGACUGAGUUCGGUUUAAGUCACUUUUACAUCUCUUUAUAUUUUAUACUAGACGAAAUACAACAAGUACCUUCAAUUUUUAGAUUGAGUCCGUAUUACUCGACUAUUUCAUUCCUUCGAUCGCUUUUCCGAGUUCAUUUUUCCUGAUGAAAACCUGAUAAAUCAUAUGAUAUGAAAACCAAUGAUUAAUUAAGUAAUACUAUAAUUUUUUCACUCCAAUAUAUCCAGUUAUUCUCAUCAAUAAUUUGUUAUCGCCAUUUUGUGGAAAUAAAGUUCGAGCUUAAGGUGAAAAAA